AUGUCUAAAGACGGUAAUCACGAGAAGUUCAGUUUUGACAACCGAUCAUGUACAUUCCAAAAUCCUGAUAACAUAGGAGAGGAUGAAGAAAAAUCCGGCAAGAAAAAUGGGAGACAUACAGAAUCACCACCACCACUGGCCACCAGGAAGAAGAGAAUGGCAGCUGACAAAGGCGGCGGGGAUCAAUUAAAUGAAGGAAAAGGAGGAGGAGCUGGUGGUGGUGGUGACGGUGAUUUGGAUGAUGAGAUCCAUACGUGGACUGAAAGAGAAAGGAGGAAGAAGAUGAGGGACAUGUUUGCAAAUCUUCAAGCUUUUCUUCCUCAACUUCCUCCUAAGACAGACAAGUCCGCCAUUGUCGACGAAGCUGUAAACCACAUUAGGAUGCUACAAAAAACUAUUCAGAAACUCGAGAAACAGAAGCACGAGAAACUCCAUGGAAUCCCAACUCCUGUCAAUUCAGUUCCAGCAAUAAUCACCUCACAGAAACUCGCAACAAAGCCGGUGGAGGAAUUUUUAGCCGAUCAAGGAUCUUGGAAAAAUAACUUGCCUGCCAUUGCCUCAAACUCAUCUUCAUUCUCACAAAUUCCAGUCUUUUUUCAGACAUGGUCUUCUCCUAAUAUGAGCCUAAACAUAUGUGGGCAAGAUGCCCAAAUCAGCAUUUGUUGUACGAAGAAGGCCGGGCUUUUCACUGCCAUUUGCUAUGUGUUGGAAAAACAUAAAAUUGAAGUAGUUUCUGCCCAAGUUUCAUCUGAUCAUCAUAGAAGCAUGUACAUGAUCCAAGCCCAUGCAAUUGGAGUUUCUAAUAAAGGCCAGGAGGCUUUUCCAGUGGAAGAAAUAUACAAGAAAGCUGCAGGAGAGAUAAUGCUCAUUGUUAAAUAA